ACACCCGCCACCCCUAUUUGUUGGCCCUGGGUUUCAAAUAUUGAAUUGUUUAUAACGCCGUCAUACCACCACUACCACCCGCGCACCCCAUUAAACUUUCAACCCCCCUUGUUAAGACUUUCACUACUCUGCAGUCUGCGGCGUUUCUCUACUUGUAGUCCCCGGCCCUGUCUAGAGGUGUACUGCUGUACACAGUUAUACGAGGAAGCGGUGCACUGUUUGGGUGAAUUUAUGCACCGUUGUCGUUGAAAUGAAGCUAAAAACAAUAUCGGAAACAGUCAACAAGAAAGAGCUAUUUAAUAAGGUUUGGAACCUUUCUGCAAAACAUUGUAUGGAUGUGGUAUUGAUGAUGUUUUCACAUGCAGAUGGAACAACACUUCUUGGCACACAUAAGCUUGAACAGUUCAUUGUAACUACUGAACUUUGCCAUUUUACUUCCAAGAUGCGCAAUCGCCCAGCACUUUACCGUCCGACUGUGGAUUGUACUGUUACUAAUGACUUUGUUUCAACAGAAUUUGAACGCUAUAUUGAUUUGGUUGAAGACACCGCAUACGAGUUAUCAAGUGUUCCUAACAGUGAAGUGCUCGUUAUUAUUGCCAACAAUGAAUGCCGCAAAUAUAUAUUUGCUUCUCCACGUUUACGCCCUUACAUUACUUCUCAAGAAUGUAUUUCUUUAAUUGAGGGUUGCUUGGGAAAAGGCACUUUCGCUGCUCAUCAAGGAACAGAUAUUGAUAAAUAGCAAUUAAUAACCUUUGCAUCACUAAAAAUCUCAGUGUUGCUAAAUGUUUCCUCGUGACAUAUAAUAGUCUUCAUGGAAAUUUAUUUUAAAAGUACCUAUCUUGAUGCUUGUCUGUAUUAUCUACAUAAUAAUAAUAAUAAUAAUACAAAUAAUAGAAAUAGUAAUAAUAUAACUUCUAGUAUAAUAUUAACUAAUGUAUUUAGCGAACAUUACUUAUAGUAUUCGGCAUUUUCAUUUAGUUUUUAAAGCCAAAAGUUACCUGUUUUUUAAGACUUAUUAUUUUGUGUUUUAUAUUUUUAAUUUUUUUUUUUUAAUUAUGUUAAUUUUUAAAAAAAGUAUUUCAAAAAAUAAAUAGUACUUUUUAAUUUAAUUUUUUAGUUUGUUUAUAGUAUGUUUUAAGAGGCUGUACAAUUUGCAUUAGAUCUCAUUUUGUUUUGUUUUAUUUAAUUAUUUUUAAUUUAAAGAAAGCGUAUUUUUUUUUUUUUUUUUUUUAUAUAAACCC